UCCUGGAGACCGCAGGUGUAGAAGCAAAUGCCGCGCCCCAAGCUGGACGGGCUUCCGAAGCUGGCAGGAUGAAUGUGGGGGUGGCACACAGCGAAGUGAACCCCAACACUCGAGUGAUGAAUAGCCGGGGCAUCUGGCUGGCCUACAUCAUCUUGGUAGGACUGCUGCAUGUGGUCCUACUCAGCAUCCCCUUCUUCAGCAUUCCUGUUGUCUGGACCCUGACCAACGUCAUCCAUAACUUGGCUAUGUAUGUCUUCCUACAUACAGUAAAAGGGACACCCUUUGAGACCCCUGACCAAGGAAAGGCUCGGCUACUGACACACUGGGAACAGAUGGACUAUGGGCUCCAAUUUACCUCUUCCCGAAAAUUCCUCAGCAUCUCUCCCAUUGUACUCUACCUGCUAGCCAGCUUCUACACCAAGUAUGAUGCUGCUCAUUUCCUCAUCAACACAGCCUCACUGCUGAGUGUACUGCUGCCCAAGCUGCCCCAAUUCCAUGGGGUCCGUCUCUUUGGCAUCAAUAAAUACUGAGGGAUGGGGCUGGGGACGUUGGAACAAAGGGCUGUAACAUCCCUCCUUUUUCUAUACUGUCUUCUAUAUGUUGAAAGCCUGAGAACUGUUUCCCAAACUCCCAGUGGAACUUUCCCAAAUUUUCAUUGGAAAAUGGGGUUCCCUGGGCCCAGCCCUGCUAGGAGCAGGUUUCUUUGACUGAGGAAAGACAGGUGAGGUAAGGGGCAAAUCACUCUCCACAGCAGGAAGCCAUGUUGGGGCAGCUUUUUGGUUGAUUAAGUUUUUCCAUAUCAUCCACUCCCACCACCUUCCAUCCAGCUCUGUUUUACUGUGUAUUUUCCUUAAAUAAAGAUAAAGUAUUU